CCCAAGUUCAUCAUGUUGAUAGCUGAGUUUAGUUGGGCUUCUUCGUUUCCCUCUAUUGCAAAAAGAAAAGUACAUGUCGUUUAUGAACGAACAAAACGGAUUUUAAGGGAAAACUUGUUUUUAUAAGUUGAGUAAUGAUUGCUAUUUACACAUAAUGAUAAUGAUGUGUAAUUAAUUUCAACUACACAAUUAAAAGUGAUGAGGUCCCACUUAAAAUUAUCUAUGGAUGAAAUUUAACACAUCUAACAUUACUUAAGUUUUAUUCAUUGGAAGUUCUUGAUAAAUUACAUUAAUAGCACGUAUUAUGUUGUUUAUUCAAAUUGUUCGGAAAAUGAAUUAGAAUUAUUUUAUGUUGUUUACAUUAUUAGGAAACUUAAUUAGAAUGUUUAAAUUGAUUAAAUUAUUUUUUUUAUUAAAAAAUAUAAAUAAAUAUAAAUAUUUAUUUUGUGAGAUAUAUUUUUAAAUAACAAAAUUAUCUUUAAAUUUUCUAUUUAUAAAAAAUAGAAGUCAUUAUUAUCAAUGGCAUUUCUUUGGUAAUUGGGAUUUUUUUUCCCUUAUUCUACCAAUUUCUACCAUUAGUAAAUAUGUGAAUUCGGAAUCAUUAUUAAACAAAUAAUUUUCAUUAAACAUGCCAUAUUAUCAAACAACAUAUGAAAUAGAAAACUAAAUGUCGUUUUCUGCCUCAUUUGUUGGUUUGUUUUUAAAGAAAAAAGAUGUUGUCAGCGUUACAUACAUACAGGUCUGUCAUCUUUGUAGAAACAGAAAAAUACAUGUCGUUUCUCUAAAACUCGAUAUGUUCUGUAAUUGACUUAUUGUUUCUGUUCAAUAAGUAAUGAAAGUUGGCCAACAUGUCGUUAUUCAUCUGAAAGGAGACAUCUCAAGGAGAAACGACAUGUAGUCAUAAUGUGGUCAUGAAAAAUAUUUGUACGUGGGUACCAAGUAAGCGUGGAUAUUAAGCAACCUACAAGAGAAAGAACUACACACACAACAAAGUCACACUCCAUUCUUGUAACUAUUUAAGAAGAGCCAAGUAUAUUGAAGCAUCACUACAACAACUAUCAAUUCAAGCUUUGAUAACCCCAAUGGAGCUUCCCCUUAAAAAAAACAAAAAACUUCAAUGGAGCAUUCAUCAAAGUCAAACUCCUCCAAUCAUUUCAACACCAAUUUCUGUUUGGCCUUGACAACCCAAGUUUUAGAAAAUGAAGCCAAUAAGGGUACAAACUUUGUGGCCUCACCUUUAUCAUUACAUGUUGUGUUAAGCUUGGUCGCCGCAGGGUCAACGGGACGUACUCUAGAACAGUUGUUGUUCUUUUUGGGAUCACAAAGUGUUGAUGAACUCAGUUUAUUGUCUUCACAUGUCACAAGUCUGAUAUCACCAAAUGAAGGCAGUGAAAGUCCAAGAAGUGGUCCCCUCUUAUCCUUUGUUAAUGGGGCUUGGUUGGAUCAAAGGUACAAUUUGAAGCCAUCAUUUGAAGCUAUUGUGAAAGAGACAUACAAAGCCGAGAUAAAAAACGUUGACUUUGUUGCUAAGGCUGAUGAAAUAGUGGAUGAAGUGAAUUCUUGGGCUGAAAAAGAAACCGAAGGACUCAUAACUAAACUUCUUCCUUAUGGAUGUGUAGAUUUUCAUACUGUACUAGUUUUUGCAAAUGCACUCUACUUCAAAGGAUCAUGGGAUAAACAAUUCGACACUUCAAAUACUCGAACUAGAAACUUUCACCUUCUUAACGGUCAAACUGUUCAAGUUCCCUUUAUGACAACUGGUGACAACCCUUUUGAGAGACAUCUAUACAAAUGCUUUGAUACUUUUAAGGUUCUCAAAAUUCCUUACCGAAGUGGUCAAGACUCUCGUAGAUUUUCCAUGUACUUUUUCCUUCCAAAUGAGAGGGAUGGUAUCUUCAAUCUAAUCCAAAAGGUUAAAUCAAAUCCUAAUUUUUUGGAUGAACAAUAUGAGCUGACAAAAGACAAACUCACUGAGUUUUGGAUUCCAAAAUUUAAAUUCUCAUUCGAGUUUGGAGCGAUAGAGACCAUGCAUAAAAUGGGGCUCAAACUACCUUUCAAGCCUGGUGAGCUUACAGAAGUGAUUGAUUGUCCCAUUCUUGGUAAGGACAUCUUUGUUUCAAAAGUAUUCCACAAGUCUUGUAUAGAAGUCAACGAGGAAGGGACAGAAGCUGCGACUAGCACUGCUGUUAUGUUCGAAUUGCAACGCCAAAGAGUGUAUCCAAGCUUUGUGGCUGAUCAUCCCUUCUUGUUCAUGAUUAGAGAAGAGACUCAUGGGAUUGUGUUCUUUUUUGGAGCUGUGCUUAAUCCACUUCUAGACUCCUAAUCCUCAUUCCUCUUAACAUGUUGUUCUACUGUAAUUUGUCUUUAUUAAGUGUGCGUGUUCUUUUUUUUUUUUCUGGCUGAAAUAUGUAAGGUGUGCUUUGAUAUGCUACUUUUGAUGGAUUGACAUCUUUCUGUUGUAUGAAAAUAAAUCUCAAUUAUUAGAUAUACAAAAAUAAAUU